AUGGUUAUAAAUCAGGGAACUAGAAAAUGUCAAAACAAUGAAAUACUAACUAGCAAUAAAAAAAAUAAUAAUGAAAUAUGCUCAUGUAAAAUAAAUUUAUACGAUAAUAUAAUUGACUUAACAAAGGUUGAAAGUUCCAAUGAAAAAAAUACUAUUUUGGAAAAAAAAAAAAAAGACUACAUAAAACCAGAUAAUGAUAAUUCAGUAGAAAUUAAAAACGUACCAAUAUCAAAAAAAAACCAAACAGGAUUAACAAAAAAAACAAAUAAAACUAACAACAAUGCUAGAAAUACAUGUGAUGGUACUUGUCACACAUCCAAUGUUAGUUACGUUAUGAAAAGGACAAUAAAUAGAAUAAAAAAUGUCUCAAACAAUCAUCAAAACAUAUUAAAAAAUAAUGGAUUUAAAACAAAAUUUUUUAAUAAAAUAUAUAAUGCAGAAGAAGUAUAUAAAAUGAAUUUAGAUUAUGAUAGUAGUCUAUCUAAUAUACAAAAAAAAGAAAAUGAAAAAACGAAAAUGUUAUAUUUUAAAUAUUAUAAAUGCUUAUUUUGUGUAGAUGAAAAAGAUAUUGAACAUUUCUGUUUUAAAAAAUUUGAUAAUGAUUUGUCAACUAACUAUUGUAAACCUUGUAAAAAAUUUUUAAAAUUAAUCAUAUCCCAUGGAAUGAAAUAUAAAGGAAAAUUAAUUAAUCUAAAUUUUAUCAAUCCUGAAAUACAAAAUAUUACAUUUACAUAUAAAUGCAAUAAACACCAUAUGUUCCAUAUAUCCUUAUUUCAUAUUGCUCAUAAUUUAUGGUGUCCCAACGAUUAUUGUUUAUUUGAGUGCCGAAAUAAAAGUGUUAAGAAUUAUUCAUCAGAGUUUUUUCGUUUAAAAGAAUUGGAUACUAUGGAAAAACAAAAAAAUAUAUUCUUACAAGCCAAGAUAUAUUGCUUAUUUAAUUCUCAUGGGGCUAUUCCAGACACAAAAAAAAAUGAACAAUCUAGCUAUUCUGGUGACGUUGACAGAAUUAUAAGAAAUGCCAACAAUCCCUGGGAAGUCCUACAAAUAAGCAAAUAUUUCCAAAAUUCUACGUCCACAAAAGAAGAGAUUAAAAAAAUAGCAAAAAAAAAUUAUUAUAGUUUAGCUUUGAAAGUCCAUCCAGACAAAAAUAAAAAUAAUAAUGCCCCAUUGGCAAUGAACAUUUUAACGAAUUCCAUGAAGACAAUUAUGUCUAUAUAA